AAAACCCACUCAACGUUGGCACGCAUUCAAUAAGAUUAACGCUAGCCAUGUCGUACAACAUAGACGACUUGUUGAUUAUCGGACACGCCUCAUAUCACGUUAAUAAUCACAAGAUUAAACAUGACUCUGAAACCGAAUUCCUUCGCUACAAUUUUCAAAUAUCGACCUUUGACGAUCACUGA